UGGACUGGUAGAGGGUGGUGAAACGACCGUGUGUGUGAGAGAGUGUGUUGUGUCAUUGUGAAUGUUUGUCGCUACUGGUGCAGUCUCUUAGUAAUUUUAAGUCUAGCAACAAGUGAUUAUUAUAAGUGAACUGAUCGUUAGGUUAAACAGUAACGCAACAGCCAUGGAGUUCGACGAUUACGAAAGUCUUCCCACCAGUAAUGUGAGAGUGCAUAUGACCGCCGGAGCGAUUGCUGGAAUCUUGGAACAUUGCGUAAUGUUCCCCGUAGAUUCCGUCAAGACCCGGAUGCAGAGCCUGGCACCGUCUCCUGAAGCUGCAUACAGAAGUAUACGUGAAGGCUUGAUGAAAAUGGUCAAUUCAGAGGGGAUCAUGAGACCUUUGGGUGGUGUUAAUGCUGUGAUCAUUGGUGCUGGACCUGCUCACGCUCUAUAUUUUUCAGCGUACGAGGGAAUCAAGAAGAAAUUUAGCACUAAUAAUUCAGUUCAAAAUCAUAUUGUCAAUGCUGGUGCUGGUUGUGGAGCAACACUUCUGCAUGAUGCCAUCAUGGUUCCAGCUGAUGUAAUCAAGCAAAGAAUGCAGAUGUUUAAUAGCCCAUAUAGCACCUGCCUUGAGUGCGUAAGGAGACUUUAUCAAACGGAAGGUUUUGCAGUGUUCUAUCGCUCAUAUACAACACAGCUGGCUAUGAAUCUGCCAUUCCAUGCCAUACACAUCAUGACUUAUGAAAAACUUCAAAGUCUUCUGAAUCCUGAGAGGGAGUACAAUGCCAAAGCACAUAUUGUAGCUGGAGCUGGGGCAGGAGCAAUAGCUGCAGCAUUUACAACUCCAUUGGACAUGUGCAAAACAGUGCUUAACACCCAAGAAACCUCAACUCUUGCACAACUACAGCAGUCAAGAAUUAUUGGAAUAAUAGGGGCUUUGAGGACUAUUUAUGUUAUGAAUGGUGUAUCUGGUUUCUUUAAAGGAUUGAAUCCAAGAGUGUUGUACCAAAUGCCAGGGACAGCAAUUUCUUGGAGCGUGUAUGAGCUGUUUAAGCACCAUCUGUUGAAAACCCAAAGUAAAGCUGACAGACCUGCUGCACAUAGUGACAGUGAUUUAGUUAAAGAUAGUGUAAUAAGAGACGGAAAUGUAACUUCUAAAGCCGUUAAUGAUGGGGAAAGUACAGGAAUAGGGAAAAUAAUGUUCCAGGAGAAGCCCUUUGUAUCACUUGGCACCACAACGAACAAAACCAUGGAAAGGCUUAGAUCUUUGCACAUGCCUACAUCACUGACAGCGAAUUGUGCAGCAGCAGAUGAGAAUUGGUUAAGAAAGUAGCAUUUGCACAUACACUAAGUGCAAAUAAUUGAAAGAAACGUUGGUGCCUUGAAGGUGUAGUAAGUAGGGUAAGCAAGAAUGAAUACUGUCCCAAAGAAAAUACUUGCUUAUGAAUCCUGUUCAAGUUGGACAUAAGUAAUCAAAUACAGCAUGAAAAUUAAAUUAAUUUGGCUUACCAUUGCAUGAAGUAAAAGAAAUCAACUCGCCAUUGCAUACAGUCUAGUCAUUUACUGAAAUGAGGUAACAAUUGCUCAAAAAGUAUGAUCAGAAAGGGUUGGGUUUUGGGAGAGAAUUUUCUUCUUUGGGCAAAAUUUGUAUAGGGAUGAAGUAAGUUUAUUUUUUUUCAAGGAAGGGCACCAAGAUACGAAAGGAAAACUAAUUGUGAUCUCCUGUCUACCUAAUUUUUAACCAGGAUUUCAUAUAGAAUUUAAAAAGGAUGUAAAUAUUUUUAUAGCUUGUUUGUGCUUUCGGAAUGAUGUAGAGAGUUUAACAAAGCCCUAAUUCAUCUCUUUUUAAAUUAAAUUUCUUCCGGUAAGCUUUCCAAUUAUAAUAGUUACCUCACCUUUUUAUUAGAUGUGAUAUUUUUUUGUUUAAUGUUGUCAUUGUCAAGCAGAUUUUUUUAUAAUAGAUAUAUUAUAUCUAAUACUUAGAAAAGGUUAAACCAUACAUAUGUUUCCCUGGCUUUCUAGUGAACUGGAUUACAAUUCUUUGUAAUAUAGUACAGACUAGCUUUGCGACCAUAUUUUAGCAACAGCUCAAUGCAGUACUCAGAAGGGUAGCAUAACUGCUACAUGAUUGGUAAUGCUUGUAGGAUAUUUGUAUCAUGUUUGAUAGAUAAAUUAUAGAUAUUAAUGGCCCUCUCGCAGGUGCUGUUUCUCUUUAAACUUGGUGUUUGUUGAUCCAUGAUACAUAUCUAUAGCAGGGUUGAUGUUGCUGUAAAUGGAUUUUAUGUCUAGUUCAAAAGAGAAGCCAUGAAGAUCCAAGAGCAAGCUAUUGUAUUCAUGCUGUAUUUUCACCAUCCUAGAUUUGUAAAUUUCCCAGAUUAACUUCUCCAUAUAGAGUAUGAUUAAACACACUGCACGGUUGCAGAAAUCUUUCCUACAAAGAGGGUCAUUCCGAAGCACAGUAAAAUUCCUUCUUUGAUUGACCUUAGCGGUGGUUAUGUAACAAAGUCACGUUGUAUAAGCAUUAUUACAUGAAGUAGCUCCCUGUUGGUGGGCCUCUAGGAGCAACUUUUUGUGACUAGGAAUGAUUCUUUACUAUCAAUGCCGAUUGAUUUUUGAGGCAGUUCCGUUACUGUUGGUUAAAAGUAUGAGAAUGCAGAAUUACUUGCAUGGUGGUAUAUUGCAACAGUGUUGUGAAUGGUUAUCAGCAGUUUGGUUUAAGAACUGAUUUUGUAUACAGUACCAUGUUAGGUGUUGGAAUAUAUUUAAGCAAUACCUGUUUUAUACAGUAAGCACUACUGCAUUAUAGUGGAAAGGUUUCCAUAAUGUAAUUCAGGAUUUGACAAAUGCAUAGCCUGCAUUCACUAUUUGAUAUGCCAUAUUGCCAGAAUUUAGUGUUGAUUAUAUUUUGGGUUGACUUCUCUAUUGUUUUAUUUGUAGGGUAUUAAAUCAUUCUCUUGAGCAUAUGACUUGUAUUUGCAAGGGCAAGUCACCCUGAGGUUUUGCUUAUGUCGAAGUUCUUAACCUUUCCAUCUGUAGCGCAUUCCAUUGAAAAUUUUGCUGUAACCUUUGACCUCUGCUUUCUACCUUUUACUUUUUUGUCUGCCCUCCAUCUGCCUCCAAUAGGGUGACAAUCCUCAGCUUUCAAUCAUUUUCCCAACAGUUGCAAAUUUGAUACAUUCAAGACCACAUCAGACAAUUCAAUGGAAUUGAAAAAAUCCUUUACCAUAAAGUAUGCAUUAUAUGCCAACCCCCACCCCCACUUAAUCUAGAGAUUAGAUUACUUGCACUGUGCAUGUGUGUGUAAUACUGCCAGAAGUGAUUACUUCAAUGAACAGUGAUCAUUAGUCAAGAAUCUGGUAGUUCAAGACUCUCUGACCAUUGCUUUCUUUCCACAUGACCUGAUGUAAGUACAGAAAUGACAAGUGAUUUUUAGUUGCUGAUUGGAUUGCCCUGGAAAAUGACAGACUGAUAUGCUGAAGAGUUUUUUUUACAAAAUUUUCAUUUGGCACCUGCUAACUCCCACAAAAGAAGUUAAACUAGCAUUUGUUAAGUCCUGAAAUAAUUAUGAAAUGGCUGUCUUAAGUAACUGUAUCUACCCUGGAUAACAUCAUUCCUAUACAGGAUUAUUGGAUAUCUCUCUCUCUCUCUCUCUCUCUCUCUCUCUCUCUCUCUCUCUCUCUCUCUCUCUCUCUCUCUCUCAUUUGUUUAUUUGAUGUUAUUCCAUACCAGGAUUAUUGAUUUCAUGUUUCUUACAUUUUGUCUUAUUACACAAGUAUGUUAUUUUGUUUGUAAUCAUGAAGAUUGUAAUAAGAUAAAUUAAAUAUCCAAUAAUCUACUGUAUGAUAUUUUUGUUUAGUUUUGUGAUUAAGGGAUUAGAUGCACUUUCUUUGAACACGAACUGUAGCAUGGCCUUCUGGAAAAGAACACAUAUUCUGCUUUAAAACAUCAGUACAAAGCAGUUUGAACAUCAUUAUGAGGCUUUUAGAAUCCCAGUGGUAUCAGUGCUGUCUCCACCUUUAUUGUCAGGAUUGUAUUUUACCGAGUCUGCUCAAAUCAUUAAAUGAAUCUCGAGUGUAUAUUCUUUUUUACUCAUUUAUGUAUAGUCUAGAGAAUGAUUUGUAGUACAAUAAAUUGCUCAGCAAGGCAAAGAAAAAAUGAAUUUUUUCCUGAUAGUAGUACACAUUAUUCUAAUUGUGUUAUGAGUAUUUUUUGUAGCUAGAAGGGAUUUGAAAUAUAGCUGUUGCUAGCGAGGUUAUUUUUGUAAUAGUAUAUAUUUUAUUAUGAGAACAUUAAAAAUUGAAUUACUCUAUAGAAUCACUCUGAGGAAGUAGUUGUUUUUCAGAUAUCCAAUUCUAUUUUAAGAAUCUUGAUGGAACCUCAUUUUAUUCUCUAGUUAGUAUAAUUAUAUGUUCUUGCUUUUUGCAGUUGCUAAAUGCACAAAUAUUUUGUUUUGAUACUUGUUAAUCUGCUAGAGCUUGUAAACCAUGAGUUCUGAAGUAUUUAGUACAUCAGACUCAAUUGUCAGAUGUACUGCUGCUGAUGGUAAAGGAAGACAAAUGUGUGGUUUGGCAGUAAAUAUAAUUAGUCAUCUUUGAAUAUGGGUUUGGGAUUGUAAGCACACUAUCAAGCAACUAUAAAAUAUCAGGGUACAUCAUAUGGUUUGUUUAGAAAUGGGUGAUUUUUUUACCAUUCUCUUUUUUGCCAUCCAAUUAGUUUUUUUUUAUUAUGAUUGUAGACAGACUCGGCAAGAUAUUACCUGUUAAUACGGAGUCGGCAGCACUGAUACAAGAUUCUUCAAUACUCGUGGAGAAGCUUCAGGCCCAGGGAGGUUUAAUCUUUUCCAGUAUUGUUGUUAAUCUCAAAUGUACAGAAGGACUAUUUAAUAAUGGAAAUAUAUUUACAUUUUAUAGAA